AUGAUUGACAAAAAGCAGUGCCCGGCUCACACCCGCCAGCCAUGGGGCAGCAGCACCCACCGCUACAGCCAGCGCCUCCGCUACUUUCUCAUGGCCCUGCUCACCUUCCUGUUCUUCUCCAUAAUCCUGGCGCUCGUAGUCAACAUUGCCCUCCACUUCGCCUGGGGCCCUUCCUCAGGCGACGACGACGACUCCAUUCCGAAAUUGACCAGCCUAGAGCAGCAGUCAGGCUCUUCUCUCAAGGACGACUCCCUAUUUCAAACAUGCAAGGGGCAGUUCGGUAGCUGCAAGAAUCUCGACAAACCGCACCGCAUUUAUUGGUGUUAA